AGCUUCUUGCCACAUCACAUGUAUAAGAGCCAAUAGGAGAAUUGACUGCGUCCUCAAAACAACGAUACUGUCUCUUUUCCCUUCUUGCGUAUCUUCGACGAAGAGUUUUUGUUAGAUCAGAAAAUGACAAACACCAUGCAGCUCCAGAUUCGUGGACAAGAGACAACUAUCAUUGAUUGUAUAGAUAAUGACAGAAUACAACACAUAAAGAAAAAAAUUGCAUGCCUUCAUGGUAUCGAGGAAGAAUUCAACCUUUACUGCAAUGGGAGUUUAUUAACAGAUGAAGCAUGUGUUGGUGAACUUCCAUCAAAUGUACUUGAUUUGACUGUUCCCCUACGAGGAGGAAAAGUUCACGGUUCUCUGGCACGUGCUGGCAAAGUGAAGGCUCAGACACCCAAAGUUGAAAAACAAGAGAAGAGUAAAAAGAAGACUGGCCGUGCUAAACGACGCAUUCAGUAUAACCGCAGAUUCGUUAAUGUCGUCCAAACCUUUGGUCGCCGACGUGGACCUAAUGCCAAUACAAAUUCAUAAGGAAAAAUAUAUUAUUAUAUUAUUUGUUAUAAGAAAUUCAAAUAAAAUGUCCUAUAACUAAAA